UAACAUACAAUUGCAUACAUAAACCCAUUUUAAGCAAUUCCGCCUAUUUUCCGUGCUUAGCUCCCGUCAUCUGCUGAUAGAUUUUUUUUGAGUAAACUAAUUUAAUUGCACUCAAUUUCUCGUACUUGUAAUUUUUUUCUCAAAUUUUCGACCAGUCUCCAUAUGAUUGUACCAAGCUGUCUGCUCUGAAAGGCGACAGUCCUGACACCUGAAGGUAAGGGACUUCGUUUUUCUUGACUUCGAAAAUGUUGCGGCUUCCACUGAUUAGAGCGGCUGGUCUGUCGGGAUGCAGGCUUGGUGCCACUGGACUCCAUACCACAGCCAGUAAGCUGCAAGCCCCACCUGAGCAGAUCGAGGUGUUUAUUGACGACAUCCCUGUGCUAGUUGAUCCAGGAACUACUGUACUCCAGGCUGCCGCUAAAAUCGGAGUGGAGAUUCCCCGAUUUUGUUACCAUGAGCGUCUCGCAGUGGCUGGAAAUUGCAGAAUGUGUUUGGUUGAAAUUGAAAAACAAAUCAAGCCAGUAGCUGCUUGCGCAAUGCCAGUGAUGAAAGGAUGGCGAGUAAAGACCAAUUCUGAUUUGACACGCAAGGCUCGUGAAGGUGUGAUGGAGUUUUUACUGGUCAAUCACCCAUUAGAUUGCCCCAUCUGUGAUCAGGGUGGUGAAUGUGAUCUGCAAGAUCAGAGCAUGGCUUUUGGUAAUGACCGAAGCCGUUUUGUGGAUAUCAACUUUAGUGGAAAGCGAGCGGUUGAAGACAAAGAUGUCGGACCUUUAAUCAAGACAGUCAUGACUCGCUGUAUUCAUUGCACACGUUGUAUUCGUUUUGCUUCUGAAGUCGCCGGUGUAGAUGAUCUAGGAACAACUGGACGUGGCUCUGACAUGCAGGUAGGCACGUAUGUUGAGAAGAUGUUCUUGUCUGAGCUAUCUGGAAAUGUCAUUGAUUUAUGCCCUGUCGGAGCCCUGACAAGUAAACCUUAUGCUUUUGUGGCCCGUCCUUGGGAAACCCGUCGAACAGACAGUAUUGAUGUCCUUGAUGCUGUAGGCAGCAACAUCGUUGUUUCUACAAGAAGUGGGGAAGUCCUCAGAGUUCUUCCAAGGCUAAAUGAGGAAAUUAACGAAGAAUGGUUAUCAGACAAGUCUCGUUUUGCAUGUGACGGUCUUAAACGUCAGCGCCUCCUAACUCCGAUGAUGAAAGUAGACUCAAAGCUACAACCAGUUGAAUGGGAAGAUGCAUUGGUUGCUGCAAGCAGAGCUCUACAACAAGCUCCGGCAACCAAAAUUGCUGCAGUAACUGGGAAACUAGCUGAUGCAGAGGCUCUGAUUUCAUUGAAAGAUUUGUUUAAUAAACUUGGCAGCGAAACUUUGGCUACAGAGCAACCUUUCCCAAAAGAUGGAGCAGGAAUUGAUCUACGAAGCAGUUAUAUUAUGAACAACAAAAUCGCUGGGAUUGAAGAAGCUGAUGUUGUUGUACUCAUUGGAACGAAUCCUAGAUUUGAGGCACCUCUGGUGAAUACUAGGCUUCGAAAAUCUUAUCUUCAUCGUGAGCAAACCAUCGCCUUGAUUGGACCUGAGGUGGAUCUCACAUAUGAAUAUGAGCAUCUUGGUGAUUCUGCUGAAGUGAUUUCUCAAUUGAAAAACGGUACUCAUCCAUUUUGCGCUACUUUAAAGAAUGCAAAGGCACCACUCAUAAUAUUAGGUGCGGAACAGCUUGCUCGCAGCGAUGGCAGUAAGAUCCUUGCGGAAACACAGGCAUUGGCAGCUUCCUUGGGGAAAACCGUUCAGGCCCCGGAAAAUUGGAAAGUAUUAAAUGUACUUCAUAGCAAUGCUUCUCAAGUUGCUGCCCUGGAUCUUGGCUAUGGAUCUAGUCUGGCAGAAAUUAAAGCCCAAAACCCCCAAGUUCUUUUCCUAUUAGGAGCGGAUGAUGCAGAUAUAAAAAGAGAAGACUUUCCAAACACCUUUAUCAUUUAUCUUGGAAGUCAUGGUGAUCAAGGAGCAUGUAUCGCAGAUGUCGUUUUACCCGGCGCUGCUUACACAGAGAAGAAUGCAAGUUACGUGAAUACAGAGGGCCGGGCUCAACAGACUGGUACUGCAGUUAAUCCACCAGGAAUGGCACGCCCAGACUGGAAAAUUAUCAGAGCACUGUCAGAGUUCAUCGGUGUCCGACUUCCUUACGACACUAUCCACGAUGUGCGUGGCAGACUAGAGCAAGUGGCCCCACACCUUGUUAGGUAUGGUGAUAUUGAACCAGCAAAUUAUUUCGCCCAGGCUCUUGAACUGGCUAAGAAAACUGGAAGUUUCGCAUCAGAUCCACUUGAACUAAAGCAGAAGACAUUAGAUGAAUUCUUUAUGACAGAUGUUGUGUCGCGUGCAUCACCAACAAUGGCUAAAUGCGUGCAAGCUGUUAUUAAGCAACGUCAGGCACAGUUAUAAACUUAGCUUGACGUAUUUAUGUAUAUAGUAUAGGAUUCUGUUAUAAUAAAAUUAAUUAUCAUGUGAA